UUCAGCCUCAUCAAAUGACUGGUAAGGUGCAUCUCCUUGCCCUCUCAUCUCUCCUGGACCUGUGGAUCACCAAAGUUACAUUUCACUGAACUAGAGGUAUGGGACACGGAAACGAACACGGCCAUGGCCAUGGCCACAGCAAAAUGGAACUCCCUGACUACAGGCAGUGGAAGAUAGAGGGCACCCCACUGGAGGAGGUCCAGAGAAGGCUGGCUAAGCGGGGUCUCAGGGAUCCGUGGGCUCGUAAUGAAGCCUGGAGAUUUAUGGGUGGCUAUGCAAAACCUGUCACCAUAACAGAAGUCUUUACUAGAGGACUCAAGUGGGGAUUUGCAGCUUUUGUCAUAGCUCUUGGCAUUGAAUAUACACUGUUUCCUCCAAAGAAAAGUGGAGGCCAUCAUUGAAGAUCAAAUAUGACAACUUAAUACUUACUAAUUGUAAGCUGAAACACACAUAAGCCUGCUGCUCACUCUGUACUUAAAAUAUGCAUAUUAAAGUCUGUCACAGGCAAACCC